UUAUGGGACUGUAUCACCACUCCUGGCUCUACACAGCUUAUAAAGGUUAUAACUGUGGACUCAGGCAAAGAUGGCUGAACAGCAAACAUCCUUGGAUAGCAGAGACGUGGAGUGUGCUCUUCCAGGUCAGAGGGAAGAUGUGCUUGCUAUCCAGGAGAAUUAAGAUAACGCCUCCCUUUGGAGCAAAGGUUGAACAAGUUUGCAUUCAGAAAUUAGGGUUUACUAAGCUUGGAGUCACUUAGCUGUGACACAAACCCAUCGGAUGUACCAUAUCCCCCUGGGCCCACAAGACUUGUGGAUCAAGGACAGCCAACAAAAACACGAACCUCGUGCUGCCUCUGUGCUAGGAAUAACGAAGUCCUUUGUUUCUGACCCAGGAGUCUCAUGUCUUCUGCCAUCAUGUGUGGGACAGGGGCAGGCUAAUUUGUUAGUGGCCACAUAGGUAAAACCCCCACACCUUUGUAGUUCUUAACAUUAUCUCCUAUGUCAAAAGGAUCUGUAACUCAUUUUCUCAGUUCCCACUGCACCUCAACUGCUUGCAUUUCGACAUCUGCUCCCUGCAUAACACAAAGCUGAUUUUGCCAAUGUCACUGAGGACUGAUAACGGCUAGUUUUCCAGGAGAAAUCCAUGGGGACCUCCGAGUCUGUAGCAGGGAGAGUGCAUUCUCCUCAUGGGCUCUGCUGGCAGCUCACACAGCCCCACACUUUCCUGCCUCUUUUGAUGGGUCUUCUCCACGAACUCCUUUUCUCUUAACCUCCCUAUGAACGCCUGGCCAGCCUCUUUUGCUGCCCUACCUUUUCUUCUCAUACCGUUGGCUCUGGGAACCUUGUGUAUACUUAUAACCCCCAAGUGACAGCUCCAGUCCAGCCACCUGCUGAGCAGUUCCACCCCACACUCAAGUGGUGGUACAAAAAGGACCCUGUCCUCCCCUGAGCCCGCACCAGCUAAUCCUCCUUCCUGGACUCCUCUGUUGUACGUGCAGCCCCCUUCCUGUUCCGGGCACACAUCCUGUGCUGUUUGCUGUCUCUGUACCCAUACAAGCUAUCUUUGUGUUCCUAAAAAUAUAAACCAAAUCCUGUCAUUUCUUUGCUUAAAACCCCUCAUUUUCUCCUCACAGCCUACCUGACAACGUCAAAGUUCUUGAACAACACAGUUCACAAGCUCUCUGAACGUUAUAGCCCACCUCAUUCCGAUGGCCACGAACACUCCAAGUGGGAAAGAGUUGGGGGGGGCAUAUCUUAAAAUAACGCGCACUAAGUGGCACUCACUGGUGUUAAUUUCAUUAUUGGGGACUAGUAAAUCAUAAAAUGUUGGACUAAUUAGUCACAAAUGUCCCGUCUGCCUCAAACCCAUAUAAGCAUUCUUAGGUUUUCUUAAAAAAAAAAAUAAAUAAAGUCAGAGUUUGGAUCAGGUGCCAUAUUUCUACCCACUUGUUUGCCACUGAGUUUGUUUGCUUCCCGGGGUUCCCUUGAGAAUGAGCUGCACGAUUCCUUCAUUCCACUGUUAAGGGGCUCAAAGACCCAGCUGCUUUGUGCUACAUCUGUAUCCGCAUCUUCCUCUGUCUGUGUGUGUCGUAUACUGUAUAUACAUAAAUCUUAUAAACAAACGCUUUGUAGAGAUGCUGAAUUUUUAAUCUCUUCUUCGACCUCUAGGCAAACAAACCAACAGCCGCAUGCGUCCACCAGGAGGCGCUGGGGUCGGCGAAAGCCCGGCGGUACCUUCGCCGUGGUAGAGGUGGCGAUGGAUGCAGCAGAGAAGGAACCCGGCUUCCUUUUUUAAAAAUCAGUGUGAGCGAACGGACCAGAGCCGCGUUAUUUUAGGGAGACUGUCGCACUUCCCCUCCCGCGUGUAGGUAGCAUCUGCGGUGCGCGCGCCCCGCUCGCGGACCCCAUGGAGAGACGCUGGCGGCGGCGGCAGGGGCUGCUUCCGCGGCAGGAGCCGGCGGUAACCCGACCCAGCCGGCGCGGGGACUGAAGAGGCGCCGCAAGCUGCGAACAAAAGCCCCGGGCGCGGGCCGGAACGAAGGAGACGCCAACAAAGCGCGAGGCUCGGCCAUGGUGGACCCGGUGCCCGAAGAGGAGAAAGGAGCCGAGGUCGGCGGCCCUGGAGGGGAUGGGGCCACGGCGUCCGUGCCCCCCGACGGGCAGGGCGCCCAGCAGCCCGCCGCCGCCUCGGCCUCGGCUUCCGCCGCAGCGCCCCGCAAGGCCGAAGCC